GGAAAGAUACUGGAAAAUCUCCAUUCCCACCCCACUCCGGGGGGAAGGUUACUGCAAAAAUCCCCAUUUCCUCCCGAUCAGCUGGGAAUUGGCAGGCAGAUAAUAAAUGGGGGCGGGGCCAGUCAGAAUUUUUACUACAGGUUCUCCAAAGUAUUCAAAGUUUUCUGCUACCGGUUCUCCAGAACUGGUCAGAACCUGCUGAAACCCACCUCUGGUUAAAAGCAUUGUAAAUUUUGCAUGUUUUGUCAGUGGUGAAUUAAGUUCCUUCUUGAUAGGCAGAAAGGAAUAAUAUAUGUCAGGUCUAGGGAAAAAGAACUGCCUAAUACAGGUAGAUUACCCUACUUCCUCACUCCUUUCUCUUUUUUUCCUUCCUCUCAUUUGUAGAGAUCUUUCUGUAUUUUCACUUUUAUUUUCUUAAAAUAAAAGGUUAAUGUACCUAAUGUAGUAAUAGUGUGUUAUAAUUUCCAUUUACGUGUGAAUUCUGCUGGUUCACCUGGUGACGGUUCGACGUUACAUCGGCACUGAAUAAAGUGUCUCACGACCAUUUUUCACCCUUAUGACCAUUACAGCAGCCCCAUCCAUGGUCAUGUGAUUUACAUUGGCAACUGACUCACAUUUAUGACAGGUUCAGUGUCCCAGAGUCAUGUGAUCCCCUUUUGCUGACGAGCAAAGUCAAUGGAGAAACCAGAUUCCCUGAUUCCCUUAACAACUGUGUUGUUAAUUUAAUAACUGCAGUGAUUCACUUAGGAAAUGUGGCAAGAAAAGUCGUAAAAUCAGGCAAAACUCACUUAACAAAUUUCUCACUUAGCAACAUAAAUUUUGGGCUCAAUUAUCAUCUUAAGUUGAGGACUAUCUGUAUUUGCUGACCAAAACAUCAAAUAAGUUAGUUCUUUUAUGGGACGAAUUUAGUUGUUUGAUGAAAAUAUGUAUGCUAAAAACUAGAUGUGUUGUUAUACACCUAUCGAUUUAUCUUUAGUUUUUCCCAAUCUAUGGCAAGAUUGACAUUUCCUGACAGCAAAGGAAAGGAUGUCAGAAGUCGAAGUAUUCUGCACUUGAAUUGUUCUGCACUUGAGUUGAAUAAACUGAAUUGCAUGAUUUUCUCUGUGUAAUGAAAUGUUUCCCCCCCUUUCCUGUUUUUUCUUUUCUCCUUUUGUUUUCUUUUUAUAUCAAAGCAAUAAAAUAUUGCAAAUAAAUGCCUACCUUUCCAGCAAUCUCCAAGGAAGCCAAAAUAAUUCCUAUCAAGACUGAAAAAUAGUGUGAUAGAUAGCAGCAUAUAUGUUUAAUGAAUAAAAUAAAAACUAUAAAAAUUAAAUGAGAAAACUUAUGACAUCUCUCGCAGUGAACUUUUCACAUAAAGGAAAGAGAAAUCAAGUUUUUGACUGCUGAAAUAGAUCAUUUGAAAAACUAUGGAUGCUUGGGAGCUUCACCAACCUUGGAAGAAUUGCGAGAAGAAAAUGCAAAAUUAAAAUAUCGGUUAAAUAUCUUACAAAAGAGCCUUCAGGAGGAAAGACGUAGAGAAAAAUCAUUCAAAGGCAUGAUUAAUAUCAAUCACAGAAUUCAAGAAAUUUUUAAGGCAGCUAUCAAAGCUGCAUAUCCUGAUUUAGAAAACCCACCAUUGGCAGUAACACCAAGUCAACAGUCCAGGUUUGGUGAUUACCAGUGUAACAGUGCUAUGAGCAUAUCUCAGAUACUGCUCAAGACUAAGGAGCAAAAAGUAAGCCCAAGAGAUAUUGCUGACAAGAUUGCGAGAAAUAUUCCAGACAAUGAAUGCAUUGAGAAAAUUGAAAUCGCUGGACCUGGUUUCAUCAAUGUACACUUGAAGAAAGAUUUUGUAUCCAGACAGCUGAGCAGUGUGCUAAUGAAUGGAGUUCAACCACCUGCUGCUAAUGGAAGAAAAAAGGUGGUGAUUGAUUUCUCUUCCCCAAAUAUUGCAAAAGAGAUGCAUGUUGGACAUCUGAGGUCAACUAUAAUUGGGGACAGCAUGUGCCGUCUUUUCGAAUUCAUGGGCCAUGAUGUUCUAAGAUUGAAUCAUUUAGGAGAUUGGGGCACCCAGUUUGGGAUGCUUAUUGCUCAUCUGCAAGAUAAAUUUCCAGAUUACCUCACUGUUUCUCCACCCAUAGGAGAUCUCCAAGCUUUUUAUAAGGAAUCAAAAAGGAGGUUUGACACUGAGGAAGAGUUUAAGAAGCAUGCAUAUCACUGUGUGGUCCUAUUGCAGAGCAAAAGUCCAGACAUCAUUAAAGCUUGGAACCUCAUUUGUGAUGUAUCCCGAAAAGAAUUCCAAAAGAUCUAUGACUGCUUGGAUGUUUCCAUCAUAGACAGAGGAGAAUCAUACUACCAAGAUAGGAUGCAUGAAAUUGUGAAGGAGCUUGAGGAACGAGGGUUUCUACAAAUGGAUGAUGGCCGAAAGAUAUUAUUUAUUCCAGGAUGUUCCGUUCCUUUGACAAUUGUGAAGUCUGAUGGGGGUUUCACAUAUGAUACAUCAGAUUUGGCAGCAAUAAAACAGAGGAUUUUCGAAGAAAAAGCUGAUUAUAUAAUUUAUGUGGUAGACAGUGGGCAGUCUGUUCACUUACAAACAGUAUUUGCAGCAGCUCAGAUGAUUGGCUGGUAUGACCCCAAAGUGACCAAAGUAAUUCAUGCUCCUUUUGGAGUGGUGUUGGGAGAAGACAAAAAAAAGUUCAAAACACGUUCUGGGGAUACAGUACGAUUGAUUGAUCUUCUUGAAGAAGGACUAAAGCGAUCAAUGGAUAAACUGAAGGAAAAGGAAAGAGAUAAGGUUCUUACAGCUGAAGAAUUAAAGGCAGCCCAGAUCUCAGUUGCCUUUGGUUGCAUUAAAUAUGCAGACCUGUCUCAUCACAGAAUAAAUGAUUAUAUUUUCUCUUUUGAUAAGAUGCUUGAUGAUAGAGGAAAUACUGCUGCAUAUUUACUUUAUGCCUUCACUCGAAUCAGAUCUAUAGCAAGAGUGGCUAAUAUCAAUGAGGAUAAACUACAAAAGGCAGCUGGAACAACAGAGAUAAUAUUGGAUCAUGAAAAAGAAUGGAAACUAGGAAAAUGCAUUUUGAGGUUUCCUGAGAUCAUCCAAAAGUGCUUAGAUGACCUUUUACUGCACACUCUCUGCGACUACCUCUAUGAGCUAGCCACCACAUUUACUGAAUUUUAUGAUAACUGUUAUUGUGUGGAAAAAGAUAGACAAACUGGUGAAAUAGUGAAUGUGAACAUGUGGCGAAUGCUCCUGUGUGAAGCAACAGCUGCUGUGAUGGCCAAAGGUUUUGAUAUCUUGGGAAUCAAGCCUGUCCAAAAAAUGUAAUUAAAAUGACUUUUAAAACUGUUAGAAGCAAAGGAUAAACAGUUUCUUUUUUUCUUUGCCAGGGUUAGAACUUAAUAAAAAUAACAGAUGCUCA